UUGAACCUUGACUGAGUUAUCCAAUCAGCUUGCAGUUUAUUGGGUAGUGGAGGAGAAGUUCGGUUGCUAAAUGCUAAGUCAACAUGUCCUCUACUGACGGGAAUAAUGCUCCAAGUCAAGCACCACCUUUUCCUGGAGUCCCUCCAUCAGCAAUACCCCCUCCUUUUAUGGGGCCACCUGGAAUACCGCCUCACUUCCCGCCUAUGGGAAUGCCACCGAUGGGACAGAGGCCCCCCAACAUGGCUCCCAUUCCUGGAGGGAUGAUCCCACCACCCAUGAUGCCCCCGAUGGGCGCUCCUCCAAUUGGACAGAUGCCAGGCAUGAUGCCACCAAUGAUGCCGCCAAUGAUGCCACCACGCAUGCCAGCAGCAGCAAUGCAGCCGACAGGACCGCCUGGAGUUAGUCCUGUGGAUACAGCUGCUACUGCUGCACCUGGAACUACUAGCACAACAGCAAAUGACUCUCCCUCAGAUGACCAGCCUAAAAAGAAAUCAGUGUGGACAGAGCACAAGUCUCUGGAUGGCAAAACUUAUUACUACAACACAGAGACCAAGCAGUCCACCUGGGAAAAACCAGAUGAACUCAAAUCACCUGCAGAGCAAAUGCUGUCAAAGUGCCCAUGGAAGGAGUACAAGUCUGACACUGGGAAGCCUUAUUACUACAACUCUCAGACUAAAGAGUCACGCUGGACAAAGCCUAAAGAACUCGAAGAUCUAGAAGCAAUGAUAAAGGCUGAGGAGAAUGGGAUGAUGGAUGUGGUAGCUCCUGGCACUACUCCUAUUCUCACAGUUCACACAGAUCCAGUACUCACUGUGCCUGCUGUUCCAGAGGCUGACACUACCAUAGCAACAAGCGUUGCCGAAGAACAGCCAUCUCAAAUGCCUGCGCAGGGGGGCGAGGGAGGCAGUGAAGCAACUGUGACAUCACCAAAGGAAACGCCCACAACAGAGACACAGGCCAGUAAUGACACAUCGAAAGAAGAAAGGCCAGAGCUGAUGAAAAAAGUCUACAAGUGGAACACCAAAGAGGAAGCGAAGCAAGCUUUCAAAGAACUGCUCAAGGAGAAGGGUGUUGCGUCAAAUGCAUCCUGGGAGCAGGCCAUGAAGAUGAUCAUUAAUGACCCUCGUUACAGUGCCCUGCCCAAGCUGAGUGAGAAGAAGCAGGCAUUUAAUGCCUACAAGGUUCAGACAGAGAAGGAGGAGAAAGAGGAGGCCAGGAUCAAAUACAAAGAGUCCAAAGAGACCUUCCAGCGCUUUCUGGAGAACCAUGAUAAAAUGACUUCCACCACCAGAUACAAGAAAGCUGAGCAGAUGUUUGGUGAUCUGGAAGUGUGGAGCUGUGUUCCAGAGAGAGACAGACUGGAGAUUUAUGAUGAUGUUCUCUUCUACUUGGCCAAGAAAGAGAAGGAACAAGCCAAGCAACUGAGGAAGAGAAACUGGGAGGCACUGAAGAACAUCUUGGAUAACAUGGCCAAUGUCACAUAUCGCACUACCUGGUCUGAGGCUCAGCAGUACCUGCUGGAUAACCCCACGUUUGCUGAGGAUGAAGAGCUACAGAACAUGGAUAAGGAGGAUGCUCUGAUCUGCUUCGAGGAACACAUCCGUGCUCUGGAGAAGGAAGAAGAGGAGGAGAAACAGAAAUCUCUUUUGAGAGAGAGACGCAGACAGCGCAAAAACAGGGAGUCUUUCCAGAAAUUUCUGGAUGAGUUGCAUGAUCACGGCCAGCUGCAUUCCAUGUCAGCAUGGAUGGAGAUGUAUCCAACCAUUAGUUCAGACAUCCGCUUCGCUAGCAUGCUGGGACAACCAGGCUCUACACCUCUGGACUUGUUCAAGUUCUAUGUUGAAGACCUCAAGGCUCGAUAUCAUGAUGAGAAGAGAAUCAUAAAGGACAUCUUAAAGGAUAAAGGUUUCCUGGUGGAAAUCAGCACCAGCUUUGAGGACUUUGGCUCAGUUAUCAGCUCUGACAAGAGGGCCACCACUCUGGAUGCAGGCAACAUCAAACUAGCCUUCAACAGUCUUCUGGAGAAGGCAGAGGCACGAGAGCGGGAGAGAGAGAAGGAAGAGGCCAGAAAGAUGAAAAGGAAAGAGGCAGCCUUCAAGAGCAUGCUGAAGCAGGCCACGCCCUCACUGGAGCCUGAUGCUACUUGGGAAGGGGUAAGAGAGAGAUUCCUAAAGGAGCCUGCUUUCGAGGACAUCACUCUAGAGGCGGAGCGAAAGAGGAUAUUUAAAGAUUUUAUGCAUGUACUAGAGCACGAGUGUCAGCACCAUCACUCCAAAACCAAGAAACACUCUAAGAAAUCCAAGAAGCACCACAGGAAACGAUCUCGUUCUCGCUCAGGUUCUGAAUCCGAGGAUGAUGAUUAUCACUCGAAAAAGAAGAAACGCUCAACAUCGAAAUCUCCGUCCGAGCACUCUUCCUCAGGGGAAUCUGAGAGAAGCUAUAAAAAAUCCAAGAAACACAAGAAGAAGGGAAAGAAGAGAAGACACAAGUCUGCUUCCCCAGAGUCUGAUGGAGAAAAGGACAGAAAGGGACGAGACAAAGACAAGGAUAAAGAGAAUGAUAAGUCCAGAGGGAAAAAUCGUAGUGAAUCCAAACAGAAAUCUCCCAAGAGGAAAGCACCUAAAGAAGAGGGAGGAUGGGACACGUCAGGCAGUGAACUGAGUGAAGGAGAGCUGGAGAAGAGGAGAAGAACUCUUUUGGAGCAGUUAGAUGCACCUUAGAUGUCGUAUGCCUGUGUCCAUCCACUUCACGCUGUAAAACCUGCAUUCCUCGUAACGUUUGAAUGAUCAUUCACGCAGUACACUGAUGCUGUGCAUGGACAACACUUAUCUCCCUUCAGAGGACGCGCUCACUGAUUAUCGGGAAUCAUCUCCAUCUUUCUCUGUAGUUUCUCAGGACGGUGCACAACUGAGUCAAGUGUACAAAGAGGUCUUUUCUGGUGACUGCAGAUUGUUCCUGUUUUUUCCUUAUACCGUUUUGUUCUCCUUAUCCACAACGUCACAAUUGUUUUUAGGUAGUUGUACAUUUAUUUUGUAAUUGCUAAUAGUUUGUCUUAAAAUUAUUGUUUACAGGUGAAAUAAAAACCUUGGGACUUCUUAAAACUCGAUCAAAAUGAACAUCUGUUUUACCGGACAGUAGUGAUUUGUUAAAAUACCUUUUGAAAAUAGUUAUUUUCAACACGCAAUGCUCACACAAUAAAAGGUAUAAUACUAUAGCGGUGUUGAAUUCUCAAAUCUGACAGCGCAGAAGGAGUUGAUUAAUUUUCUAUAACAGCAGCUCUGACCGAUUUAAAUCACAGGUUUAUAUUAACGCGCUUGUUCUAAUGUUUCUACAGUAGCAGCUAGUUCACAGGAACUUGUACAGUGGACACUCAAUUUAUUUAAAAAAAAAAGUAUUAUUUAACAGAAAAACAUCCAGUCAUUGAUGUGGUGAAAUUUUUCCAUUGUAAACUCAAGACAGAGAUGUUCACGGUUUCUCUAACAUCACAAGCUUAUUGUCGUAUCUGCAAAAGAGAGAAAAUAAGACUCGAAUAAGGCAGUGAAUGAACGUAGCCAUUAUAGUAAUACCCCAGGCGAAUUUGUUUUGCAGACUCAAACAUUAAAUGUAACUGAAACGGAUAAAAAUAGAUAAUCUUUUAAUAAAUUGCUGUGGUACUUGUCUCCAGCAACCUAAAUAAGAACCAUCGUGUGCAAAAAGACUCCAAACGUGACACGGUUCCACCUAGCACUUGUUCCUAAUGUUUAGCUUACUCAAAAACAAUCUUUUUCCAAAAUCUAGACAUGGCUGAGGGUUAGGAAGUUCAGACGAGACUGUACGUGAUUCUUUCAGUGUACCUCAGCGACAGCCAUUUUCCCUCCUGGGCCUGGACUGGUCAGUAAGUCUACUCUCGACGCAGAAUGAGGUUGUGUUUUAUUCCUGUGGCGCUAACGCAGCAAAACGGUUUACGUUUGUCUCGAUUGCAUUGUGUAGAUGGCAACCCUUGGAGCUUUUUUUUUUAAAGAUUUCUUUUGGGCUUUUUUCACCUUUAUUGGAUAGGACAGUGUAGAGACAGGACAGGAACUGAGUGGGAGAGAGAGACGGGGAGGGAUCAGGAAAUGACCUCGGGUCGGAAUCGAAUCCGGGUCCCCAGAUUUAUGGUAUGGCGCCUUAGCCACCUGAGCCACGACGCCCCCACCCUCGUAGCUUUUAAAUAUUUUGUUCAGCUGUGAAGUAACAGCAGUGUUCACUAGAGGUGUAGCAGAAUGCCAAUAGGUCAGUAUUUGUUUAGUUUGCUACAGAUUCAUACCUGUAUCGGUAUUAUUUCUGGAAUGGGCGUGUCCCAUAUUUCUUUUUGGUUAAGUGGCUAAAAACAGCUUAAUCUCUGCAGCAUUUGUUUGGAAAGUGAUCAUUUCAGUAGGUGAAUAGUGAGUGAGCACUCCUCUAUCGCCAAUGUCUUUAUAAUGGAUGUUCACUCACUGAAUUCUCAGGGCUCGCAUUUAUCCUCAUCUCGGGGUCUCUUUUUGGGGCACCGGCUGAAGGAGUAUCAGUACCGAUCAGCUCAAUGAUCUCAUCCUCACCGUGUCAUCUGUACUACCACCUGUCUAAACACAGUCAAGAUCAUUAAUGUCAUUAGCACAGUCAGCACUGUCUGAAUGCUCAGGAUCACAAACAGUCACAGCAGUUCUUCCCCUACUUCCUCCACAGAGUGGCUCUAAAAGCACGACUUCUCCCAAAAACGCAGUAUGAGGUCGGCUGAUGAUCAUAUAUCUUUUUAAUAUUGUAUACAUGUAAGCAAUAUUAAACUAUACUCAGCAAAAAUAAAAACUUGACACUCAUUAUUUUUCAAAUAGUGUUUAGAAACUUUUCUUGAAAGAGUUCUUGUUGUGAUUAUGGUUAAAUGCAUUGUCAAGGGCAUUACGUCACACAUUCAUUCUACUGGUCAGGCCUACGUAGCACGUGCGAGAGCACUGCACGCUAAAAUCACGCUUCCACGUGACAAGUGACAUGACCUAUUGAUACACGUGCAAUUGAUCUCACGGUAGCAGAGUAGAGUGUCAUCUCAGAAAAACAAGGUUUUAUGGUUAAUUAUUCGUUAAUUUGCAAUGCCACGACUGUCAAACAUUCAGCGUGACGUGCCAUUGGCAUGCUGAAUACGGGAACAUCCGUCACUGACGUUGCGAGGGUUAUGGGAUGCAGUCGACAGACCAUCCAUAAUCUCCAGACACGUCUCCAUCAAACUGGCACCACAGCCGAGCGUAAGGAACCCUCCACAGAACUUGCAGGAGCUUGGUGCCAUGUUGGUACAAAUAUGGCGGCGCAUUCCCCAAGCUAUGUUCAGACGCAUCAUCCAAUCCAUGAGGAGACGUUGUAUCGCAGUUGUGAACGCCCAUGGAGGACACACCCGAUAUUGACAUGAUUUCAUUAAGUUGUGACUCACAGUUUUUGAUCAUGGACAUUGUCGUCGCAUUUCCGGUGGAACCGAUUCCAUGACAAACAUGAUCUGUAUGCUAUAGCAUCUUUAAUGACAAGAUAAUUGAAUACAAUCAUUAUUUCAAACCUAUUUUCCAAAAUGUUCAAAUUAUUGACUUUGAAACGAGUGUAAAGUUUUUAUUUUUGUUGAGUAUAUAUAAUCCUGAUCUGAUGGGACAGGAGUAGCUCUGGUCUUCAAAUAAGAUUGUUGGAGAAAUGCCAAAACACAGUCCACUGAAUUCUAACUGCUACGCUUGAACUUACUGCUGCAUGUUGUGUUAAAAAAUCUUGAAACUUGCUCUCUGUAGUGUAAAGAAAAAAAAUAGACUCCAUUCAGUAACCAUAGAUCUCGUAUCAUGUUCAGGAAAUGAGGCUGCUGGCUGUACUGUUGCAUUCAUUCAGUGUUUUGUGUUGUUUGUAGCUAAUAAAGAAUUUUAAGCUUCCGGAUACGGUUAUAUUUGAAGUUUUGCAUAACGGUUUAUAACCAGUAACAAUAAUAAAGGCACUCCCCCCACACUAUUGUAUAAAAAUAGCUAGAUAGCUUAUUUUGUAAUGCUUUUUUUUUUUGGAGGAUGAAACAAUUUUCGCCUCAUUCAUUUGAUGUGCAAACUGCUCCAUCGAGCUCUCAUUGUGUCAACUGUUUCUUUGUAAAUAUGAUUUUUUUAAAAAAAAAAAAAUCCUUUUCAUGUUUGCCAGAUAAACUUUAACAAGCCACUCAAUCACUUUUUUUCUUUUUUUUUUCCCCUACCCACUCUGUCAGUUAGAUGGCAUGAUUUUCAAUCUUGCAAAAUCGAAGCAAAAUGAAUUAGUACUGAACUGCACACAUUCAACACAUAGCACAUAGAGCUCCGGCUCUUCAGCCUUUUCCCGCAGUCUCUCGUCCAUCUGUACCAAAUCAGUGAACUGUGACACCAAAGUUAAACUUAUGUAAAUAGUUUAUUCAAUCAUUGGCAUUGAAAACCGUGGCUCUAAAACAAUGUGUUAUUAAAAUCAAAUUCCGCUGCAACAACGCAAUGCCAAAAGAUACAUUUUUGAUUAGAGGACAAGAAGACAUACCAGUUUGACCCAGGUCUAUAGAAGGAAUGGAAUGCAUAAAGGGCAUGGGAUUGUAGCGUACAGAGACACGUGUCAGUAUUAUUUAAUGAUGCGUUAUGUGGCGUCCCAUUGUGCCAGUUAUUCUAUUGCCUUAUUACUGCUAGGCAAGCGUAAAAUCCGAGAACUCUGCUAUGUACUUAAUCAAUGAUGCAACAAAUUCGUUUGUUUAAUUAAAUAUACAAAAUGGAAAAAAAAAAACAUAAGUUAAAAUAACAUUCAAAUGGAGUAACAGGAUGAUGAAAUCAAUAUGUACAAUAUUAACCUUAUGCUAAUGAAGGUUAAGAAGUUUUUUAAUGCAACAAUUUUGUAGCAAAAUAUCUGUACAAUUAAAAAGCAUUUCUAGGCUUUUUCUUACAAAGAGCUGGAAGCUGAAAAAGAAGUGGUCUGCGUAAGCCACAUGGAGAAAGACUGGCUUCAGUGGUUGAAUAAUCUACUUAAAAUGUAUUAGUGGAGAGACAGUGCAAGUGCCUGUGGAUUAAUUCAGUACUUUUAAAAAAAAAACGUUCACAAAAGGUGAAUCCGGUGUCUGAGACGGUGUUGGGGUUUUUUUUUUCUCCUUCCUUCUUUGGCUUGUACUGUAAUUGUACUGAAACAGUCUUUUGUAUUUUCCUACUUAAGGUCAGCCCCUCAUUAAAAGCCGAGUGGCACUUGGGCACAACUAUAA